GCACACUCCCGCCAAUUCUGACUAGGAGCGCGAGGCAGGCAGCGGGGAAGCUGCGGAGGGACUUUGGAGGAGCCGAAGAGUACACUGCUUCUGGGGGAUGCAUGUCAGCUAUCUAGCGAUAAAGGUUAAAGAUCCCCCACUCGACCGGGGCUGUUUUCGUGCUGUCACACCGAAACUUCAUCCAGCGGAGAAGGUCCCCCGAGGUUAGAACAGACGGUACAAGGAUGUUGGCGGCGGAGGCACCAUCAGCGGAGGGACACUUGGCAGCUUCAACACCCCGUAGACGAGCUAUGGAUUGUAAACCUACUAAGGCCAACAAGAAACUGGUACAAGCUCGCCUCCCCUUCAAGCGCCUGAACCCGGAACUAAAAGAAAACAAGGCAUCGCCGAAGCGCCCCUGUGCACAUGUUUUCCCUGAAACAGGAGUUUCUGACAGAGAGAAUGACAUAGAGUCCUCCCCUCUCCCCCUGUCCAGUAGACCCCCCUUGGUUAAUGGCUGUGGGCCCCUUGAUUGCUUCCUCAGCAAAAGGCGCCCUUCAGCCUCAGACGAGAACAUUAUCGAUCUGACCGACGACGGCCCUUCUCCCAUCAAGUGCCAAGAUCCUUUCGUCACCCCUCGUCGCACGUUAAAAGACAGACCAAGCAGCAGGGACACGAGCCUGUCUUGUGAGGAAUCCAAAUGCCUGGAUCGCACCGCUGACACACACACGUCAGACUGCGAUGAAAUCCCGGAAAAUAAAGACGACGAUAUCGUGGUGGCGGCCGAGGAGGUCGAGGAGGAUGGGAUCGUACCGCUCGAUACAACGCAAGACACCGACAGCGAGCCGGAAGAGCAGAAUGCGUCGGGGAACGUGUCCAGUGUUGGCAACAAGUCAACUCUAUCAAACUUGUCAGAUAAUUCCACGCCGGAGAGGACUAAAAAUGACGAGCACACACCCUCCACCACGCCUACUACAGAACUAACAAGCACUCCUAAAAUCCCUGUUGAUAGCAAGAAGAUAAAAAGACGCUCGCUAAAGAGUCCUCAAGAGCAAGAAGAGCUACUUCGGCUACGCCAGGAGAAAGCGCGGCAAAAGGAAGAGGCCAAGUCAGCCAAGGAGAAAAAGAGGGAAGAGAGCCGCAAGCGGAAGGAGGAGCGCGAAAGGGAAAAACGAGAGAAGAAGGAAAAGGAUGAGCGAGAGAAGCGGGAGAAAAGGGAGAAGGAGGAGCGGGAAAAAGCUGAGAAGCUAAAAGCCAAGGAGGAGCAGCGCAAAUCCAAGCUGGAGGCCAAGCUUGAGGAGAAACGCAAGAAAGAGGAGGAGAAACGGAUGAAGGAAGAGGAGAAGCGAGUGAAAGAAGAGAAAGACCGUCUAAAAGCAGAGAAGGCCGAGAUCACAAGGUUUUUCCAGAAACCCAUAACCCCGCAGGCUCCAAAGACUCUCGCAGUGGCUUGUGGGAAGUUUGCGCCCUUCGAGAUCAAGUACAACAUGUGCAUGGCGCCGUUGUGCCGGGUACAAUGCGAGGAGUCUGCCUUGGAGGAACUGGACCGAUAUUUGUUGCACCCCAGCGACAGACCGUGUUCACUGAAGGACUGGAUCAACCAGAAACCUCGACGCUCUGACCCUACCAGACCCAGAGUGGCCAUCCCUGAGAGCGAUUGUAUAGCCGUCGAUGGGCCCAAACCGGAAGGCGUGCCGGACCGCAAACUGUACGGACCGAUGAAACUGCUGCUGUUUCGUGAGAACCACCGCCCAGCUUACUGGGGCACCUGGAGGAAGAAGAGUUUGCACAUCUCCCCACGCUGCCCCCUCAGGAAAGACACGGAUUUGUUGGACUAUGAGGUGGAUAGCGAUGAAGAGUGGGAGGAAGAGGAACCUGGGGAGUCCCUCUCACACAGUGAAGGGGAGGAUGAGGAUGAAGGAGGUGAGGACGACGAUGACAACGACGGGUUCUUUGUUCCUCACGGCUAUCUCUCGGACGACGAGGGCGCACUUGAAGAAGUGGAUGGCGGUGACCUAGAAAAGCAGAAACUGCAGCAGAGGCUGAAAGCCAGGGAGUGGGAAGAGCUGAUGUCCACCAAGAACAAGAUGAAGGUGCUCCAGCCGGUGGUGAGGGGCUGCCUCUGGGAGGGCGACGGGCCCAUCUCGGAUCUUCUGCAAUCAUACGCCGUGUGCCUCAUCGAACCAUUACCCAAAGCUGAAAUGAGCCCCAGCCCAGAGGAGCAGGCUGAAAAGAGCAAAAGAAAAGCACAGUUGCUUGGCCAGCUGUUGCCGCUGCUUCACGGCAACCUGAACAGCAGUAAAGUCAUUAUCACAGAGUUUCAGGAACAUUGUCGCCAGAAAACCACGUCCAGCUCGCCGCCUCCUCAACUGUCCAGCCCAGAAAGCUCGGCGGAGGUGCCCACUCGAACACAGUUGAAGCGUUUAAUCCAGAGCAAUGCCGUUUAUGAGAAGCGCUCCACCUACCGACGCUGCUGCUGGUACGUACACGCGGACGUCCUGUCCCGCUUUGGUCUGGAGGCUCUCCCGGUGCCCGGCCAGUGGUCCUACGUGACCAGCGGCGCACGGGAGGAGUCGCGCGAGGAAGCGGCCACGGGCUCCGAGGGCAACUCUCCCAACACGCCGCAGACUCUUUCCGUCACGUCGGCGGCGUCCAAGAGGAAAAGCACCGGCAGCAUGUCCAUCACCAAAUUCAUGAAGCGAUGUAACGGCCGAGAACAGACAGAAGAAAUGGAGACUGACGGUUUUCAAGCUGACGCAGAGGACGAUGACGAUGAUUGCAUCAUUGGUAUGCAAAGUGGCACAGCCGGAGAGAAUUCCUUCACUAAGGGAAGCGGCAUGAUGGAAGUCACCCCGUCCGACACAGCCGCUCUCCCAGUGGCCAGCGCUGCUCCAACACUAGCCACAGCCUAAACAGAAAGCAAGGUGCUUGCCGGCUUCCUCGCUCUGGUCGUCUUUGUCCUCCUCCGUGAGCAUGGUAAGGGAAGUGAAAUGGCGCAUUGUGCUCACGCCGGCAUUGCCAAGGUCUCUCGGGCAUGCGUGGUGUGUUUUCACGUUUCAGACAGUUGUGGCGGACCACUCAUGAUGAAAAGCGUCCAAAAAACAGCAUUAUUUACAUUUUAGAAAUUGAGUACUGAUGUUAUGUAUAUAGACUGCCAGAAGUCAGGUUCAGAUUUAAGGUGCCUCCAUUUGUUUACUCUUGUGCCAUUUACGUCGAUUCUUUCCAAACCCCGGAUACCUCACUGGAGUAGCUGCUAGACCUGUACUUGUACAGUUAGAUCCAGUGAAGAAAUGUUUUAUAUAAAAACGCGUUUUGCAAGCAUACUUGAAUAAGAAAAGAAAUCAUUAAACGGAAAUAAAAUGGUU